AUGGAGAAACCAGCUGCUGGUUCCUCGAAAUCUUCAGACAAAGAUGAUCAAAGUCGACAUGAAGACAUACAGAAUCAUUCCACAUUCAAAAGUUUUCUGAGAGUCUUUACAUUCGGCCGACCCAUCGACUAUGUCCUCGGGUUGAUCAGCUUGCUUGCUUCGAUUGGCUCUGGCGUCGCCUUAGCCAUGGUGAAUCUCGUGCUGGGCAAGUUCAUGACACUUCUCAGUGGUUCCACCAUAGGCACUAGUUUUCCAGACAAUUUUAUGUCACAAGUCAGCAAAUUCUCCUUAUACUUUGUCUACAUCGGAAUAGCCAGGCUAGGUUGUACCUACAUUUACUCAUCGCUCCUCACAUACGUAGCCUACCACUUGACCAGAAACAUUCGAUACAAAUACCUUCGCGCGGCCUUCAGUCAAGAAACGGGGUACUUCGACCAAGGUACUAGCGGCUCAAUAUCAACGCAAGCCACAUCCAAUGGCAAGUUAAUCCAUUCUGGAAUUUCAGAGAAACUAGGAAUCUUCAUCCAAGCAAUUGCAACGUUCAUAGCAGCUUUCAUUAUUGCAUUUGUCAGCCAUUGGAAGCUGACAUUGAUCAUCUGCUGCAUCGUUCCGGCUCUUCUUGUCGUUGGUGGGGGGUUUUCGUUCGUUGAUGCUGGAUACGAGACGAACAUUCUUAAAGUCAACGCGCAGGCAGCUUCAUAUGCUGAAAAUAUUCUCAGCGGUGUUCGAGCUGUUCACGCGUUCAGCCUUCGACCCAGGAUUAUCCACAAGUAUGAACAAUACUUACAAAGUGUGUUUGAAAUUGGGAUGAAGAAGAAUCCAGUUUAUGGCGUCAUGUUCGGGUCCGAAUACUUUAUCAUAUAUGCUGGAAUGGGUUUAGCAUUUUGGCAAGGCAUUCAUAUGCUCGCCCGAGGUGAUAUCCCGGACAUUGGUACCGUCUUCACUGUCCUUUUCUCCGUGGUUAUUGCGGCCAGCACCAUUACGUCCAUCGCGCCUCAUACAGUAACGUUCACACGUGCAGCUAGCGCAGCUGCAGAGUUAUUUACCUUGAUUGACAGAAAAUCUGAGAUCAAUCCGCUCGACGAGUCCGGGGACAAGCCGCAAGAUACAUAUGGUGUCAUAGACAUUGACCACAUUACCUUCAAUUACCCUAGCCGUCCAAACGUUUGUGUGUUAGGGGACUUCUCCCUUCAUGUCCCGGCAGGGAAGGUCACCGCCCUUGUCGGUGCUAGUGGGUCUGGAAAAAGUACAAUCGUUGGGCUUCUAGAGCGAUGGUAUAAGCCAUUGGCCGGUUCAAUAAAGUUGGAUGGGCGAGAUAUCGAGCAGUUGAAUCUAAAAUGGCUUCGCACAAACGUCCGGCUUGUGCAACAGGAACCGGUCCUCUUCAACGGAAGCGUUUUCGACAACAUUGCGAAUGGCCUUAUCGGUACACCAUGGGAGGCCGCUCCAUAUGAAGAACAGCGCAAACGCGUGGAAGACGCAGCUAAACUUGCAUUUGCACAUGACUUCAUUAUGAACCUCCCGAAUGGCUACGAUUCGCUAAUUGGUGAAAGAGGGGGUCUUUUAUCGGGCGGGCAGAAACAAAGAAUUGCCAUUGCACGCAGCAUUAUCUCUGAGCCAAAGAUCCUCCUCUUGGAUGAAGCUACUAGCGCUUUAGAUCCACACGCCGAAGGUAUAGUACAGCAGGCUUUAGAUCGUGCUUCCAAGAACAGAACGACUAUAGUGAUUGCGCACAAAUUGGCAACUAUCCGCAAUGCAGACAACAUCGUCGUGAUGUCAAAAGGGAGAAUUGUCGAGCAAGGUCAACAUAGCGAGCUGGUUGCCAGGGGUGGUGCAUACGCGAGUUUAGUCAAGGCACAAGAUCUAUCAACAACACGAUCGGCAGAUGAUGAGGAGCAAAGCACUGAAGACGAAGAGACACCUAAUAAAGAGGCUGAGCCGGUCCAGUCUCUUGCUCGGUAUCAAACGGCCGAGGCACGGCAGCUGACAAUGCUCCAGCGUCGCGAAGACUUUGGACUAUACAAAAGAAGCGGCAUUCUUCGCAGUAUAGUCAAAUUGGUCAUUGCUACACCCAAGUUGAGACUCUGGUACUUCCUCACUAUAGUCUGUUGCGUGGCAGGAGCUGCCAUUUAUCCCGGGCAAGCGCUACUCCUAGCUAAUGUUAUGGACAUAUUCUCAGCGCCGAAUAUGGUUGAGCGUGGCAACUUCAUUGCCCUGAUGUAUUUUGUCAUGGCGCUCGGUUGUAUCAUUGUUUACUUCGGUCUAGGAUGGGCCACAAACAUUAUCGCACAGACUUUCAAUAAGAUCUUCCGCCACGACCUCCUGGACUCCAUGCUCAAACAAGAUCUCCGGUUUUUUGACCGACCUGAAAACACCGUUGGUGCAUUAACAAGUCGGCUUGACUCGCAUCCACAAGCGAUUUUAGAGCUCAUGGGCUUUAACAUUGCCCUUGUCUUUCUCUCGGCAAUCAACGUACUUGCGUCUAGCAUACUCUCGUUAGCUAUAGCUUGGAAGCUAGGUGUAAUGGGCGUUUUUGUCGGGUUACCGCCUAUGUUAAUAGCAGGCUAUGCACGUAUCCGCCUUGAAACCAAGAUGGAUACGGAUAUGGGAAAGAGGUUCUCUCAGAGUGCUUCGCUGGCUUCGGAGGCGGUGCUUUCUAUCCGAACAGUCUCCUCGCUCGCUAUGGAGGAGAAUAUCUUGAAGAGAUACACUAAUGAGUUGGAUCGGGCGAUACAAACAUCGACCCGCCCUCUGUUCAAUAUGAUGGUGUGGUUCUCCCUAACUCAGUCCAUUGAGUAUUUUAUCCUUGCAUUAGGAUUUUGGUGGGGUUCCAAGUUGAUCCAUGACGGAGACAUCACGUUUUACCAGUUCAUCGUCUCUUUCAUGGGUGUAUACUUCUCUGGCCAAGGUGCUGGCCAACUCUUCAGCUUCUCGAGCAGUUUCACGAAGGCUAAUGAAGCGGCAAACUACUAUUUCUGGUUAACAAAUCUCUCCCCCAUGAUCCAAGAAACAAAAGAAAACCGCGGCAACGGACCCUUAAACCAAUGCCAGGCGAUUGAUUUCCAAGAUAUCCAGUUUUCCUACCCUCUAGCACCAGAAACCCGUAUUCUGAAGGGUGUGUCUUUUAACAUUCGGAAAGGCCAAUUUGUAGCUCUAGUAGGAGCCUCCGGCUGCGGGAAAAGUACGAUGAUUUCGCUGUUAGAACGCUUCUACGACCCAACGCAAGGCACCAUCAGAGUUGAUUCAUCCCCGCUUAACAGCAUGAAUCCAAUUUUAUACAGACAGCAGGUCGCUCUUGUGCAACAGGAGCCAACAUUAUUUCCGGGAACCAUAUUAGAGAAUAUCUCAUAUGGGCUGGACAUUGCACCAUCGGAAUCAGCUAGUGCUCCAAGCUCCGAGGUCGAAAAUGCUUGCCGGGCAGCAAAUGUAUGGGACUUUAUUUGCUCGUUGCCGGAUGGACUCCAGACGCCCUGUGGAACGAGUGGUAGCCAGCUUUCUGGUGGACAACGACAGAGAGUUGCGAUUGCAAGAGCCUUGAUCAGGAAUCCUCGGGUAAUACUCUUAGAUGAGGCGACAAGUGCGCUCGAUACAGAGUCGGAGAAAGUUGUGCAGGGAGCAUUGAUGCAGGCUGCGACAAGUGGGGAGAGAAUAACAGUUGCUGUCGCUCAUCGGCUUUCGACGGUUCGGGAGGCAGACUGUAUAUUCGUGUUUUUGGGUGGCCGGAUUGCUGAGUGUGGUAGGCAUGGUGAGUUGGUUGAAAAGGGUGGUAUUUAUGCAAAGAUGUGUGAGGCGCAGAGCUUGGAUUCGGGAGCAUAG